AAACAUAGUUGUGUUAAAUAAAGCAAAAAUAGAAGUCUGCGUCUCUUAUUUGGAGAAAUUAUUUGGAGUUUAUUUUUGAGGGGAUAAAAAAAAUCCUGAUUAAGAACUAUAUAAAGAAUAAGUCUAACAGAUUGGAAAAGAAGCAAUCCACUUGAAAUAAAUUUCACUUCAGUUUUCUUUUCUAUAAUUAACUCAAAGCACAUUUUAGACAGUGUGGAGAUUCCUGCAGGAACGUUUCGCCUGACUUCGAGGGCCUUCAGCCAGUUUGCGUGAGACACUUCCAGGCUCUCCACACAUUCCUCUGUCAUAGAGUUUGUUCUUACAUUUGGAUGUAGGUCAUCACCAAUUCAGCGCCUGCUCUGCGGCGUUUGAAAGCUGCCCAGUGUCCUGCGCUUGCACAGACACCCCACACUGUUACCAUGGAAAGCGUGGGUAUGUUUGGAGCCUCCUCCAUGCCUGUUCCCAGAGUAAAUCUCUACUUUCUGAGGGGGUUGGGCGGUCAUCUCUCGGGCUGUGAAAGCUUGAACCCAUGUGCACCCGUAGUUUAACCCUCUGUUCCCCUCUGGUGAGGCACUGAGGGAUAAAUCAGCAGACCGGUGGUUACCUGCUCACACAGCGAUGGCAGAAAAGAGUGCGCAAUUCGGCACAAAGAGGUUAAUCUAACUGGCUCCUCCCAGCGUGGCCCUUCAUAGAAUUCACAAUCACACCACCUUCGGCUCUCUUUAAAAAGGGGGAGGGCUGCUCGGAGCUUCAGACAAGCCGGAGGAGCUGUCUCUUUUACGCGUGGUGCUGAAGUGCCACUCUGCGCAUCAUGUGGUCGGUCUUCUUUGUCUUUCUGUCUUAUCUGGACAGAAACGUGGUCAAGGGUGACUUCUUGAGGAGUGCUCCGGAAGCAGAGAAGGAGAGCAAGGAGAUGUUCUCCGUAAUAAACGGCACCUUCUGCGCAAAGAUGUCCAUGGUAGGGGAGAAUUUCCUCUACCAGGUGUCUGACGGAGCGGAGGUCGUGCGCACCGUGGUCAGCCCCGCGGGCAAGCUCGUGAACUGCUCAAUCAUAGUGAACCAGAUCCAGGUGAAGUCGUUCAUGCACGAGUGCAGAUUGGGGCUGUUGGAUCAUAGAGGAGGGCAGCUGAUGGACGCGCGCUUUGCACGCCUGGAUGAGACCAAAGGGAUGUGCCGGGAGUUCAGUAGCACGUCAAGGCAGAAUCAGAGCGCAAAGGCUUCAAGGAGAUCCAAGAGAGGCUUUACGUACCCCGGGACCCUGUGGUGUGGAGCAGGCAACAUGGCAGACCACUAUAACCAGCUUGGAGAGUUCGCACAGACUGACAGCUGCUGCCGCACGCAUGACCACUGCCAGCACGUCAUCCACCCAUUCUCCUCCAACUUUGGAUACACCAACUUCAAGUGGCUCUCCAUCAGCCACUGUGACUGUGAUGAAACACUUAAAGAAUGUCUAAGGAAAGUCAACGACACAUCCUCCAGGGUUGUUGGUCAGGCUUUUUUCAAUGUCCUUACUGUUCCCUGCUUUGAGUUUGCCUACGAGGAGCAGUGUGUGGAGCGGCACUGGUACGGCCUGUGUAAAGGAUACAAGAAGGUUCCUGUUGCUGUGCUGAAAGAGUCAGCGCCGUAUGACUUUGGAGGUAUCCAGGUCAUAGAUGAGCUGACAGUGGCUCCUCCCAAGAAACACGAUGGUGACGAGAAACCCGAGAGUGCAACCCAGUCCACGGUGUCAGAGCCUUCCCUCAGAAAUGUGGUGAUGGCAGCUGAGGAUUUCAUCAAGGUGCUUGCAACUGUGUCCACAUCUCAGAGCUCUCCUGUGGACUCUGAGAAGGGCGAGGCGCAGAGCUCAGAGAAGAAGAAAAAGAAGAAAACAGGCCAGAAAAAGAAGACCGGCAGAAAGCAGAAAGGGAAGAGUAGGAGGAGAAAGCAGAAAACAGAAGCAGGAGUGAAAACAGAGGAAAGAGCUGUGGUUUCAUCACCAGAUAGCAAAGCAGAAGAAGUCUUGGCUUUGAGAAAUGUUUUCAGUGAGUCGCACACACAUACAAAAAUGAACACAGACAUAGACAAUAGCUAUGAUGCUACCAGAGGAAACAGUGAGGCCUCCAAUGAAGUCAUGAAAGAUGAGCCGGAGAAAGGUCAGGAUGGGGUUUCAGCUCAGUCUCAUUUGCGAGUCCAGAAAAAACCAGCAGACUCCGGCGUGAACAAAGACAUCACUCCAUCACCCAGUACAGUUUCUGUUCUGCGUGACGCAAAAACUGGGCAAGGAAUGAAGAAAGGAGCAAAGGUGAAGGAAACUAUUUCUGCUGAAGAUCUGAAUAAAGAAGAGAAUACAGGUGUUGCUCCUGUUCCGUCAACAACUCAGUCAACUCAAACUGCCCAGCAGAGCUUUGGUGAGCUUCUCAGAACUGCUGGAGACCUCACUGCAAUCCACAAGGUCAGAAGAGAAAGGUUAAAGGUGAGAGGAGGCAGAGACCCAAGGAAGAACAGGAUCAAAGUCAGUGUUGUUGCUGAACAGCACAGUUUCCCUUUAGACAACCUGAACGUCAUCCUUCCAACCACGUCAAUCCCUCCUUCAGACCUGAAUCUUCCACAUAAAACAGACACUAACAGAGAUAAAAUCCAGGUUACUGUUCUCAGCUCCAACUUGGGAGUUCUGAAAAAGCAAAGGUCCAAAGAUAGAGAAUCCAGGUACAGGCGGAGGAAAACCAUUCUUCCCGCCCCAAGUGAAAAUCCGGAUUUUUCCAAGAGCCGCUUUGGAGACUUGCCCACUGUUCUUACAACUCCAAAUGCUCGGCUUGCAGCAACCCCCCCUGCAAAUACUGCACUGGUGCUAGAAACUGAAACUCAAAGUAGGUGGAGAAUUUUUACAACAGCUACUCCAACUGUCAACGCAAGCCUCCAUCGGCAGCAAAGCAGACACCAGAGGAAAUCUAGGGAGAAAGCUACAGCUCUCGAUGGAGGAAUUUCUGUCCCUAAACAAACAGAGGAAGUGACUCCUGCAGCUUCACCAGACAACGCCAUCGCAACUGAAAAGUCCCAGCUGACCUCAGCAGGGCCGGCCAUGAGUCCACUGCAGUUAUCCAUGGAAAGAGCAAGAGCGCAGUUCAACAGGAAGAAAAAAAGAAAAGCGGCACAGCCUAACAGGCAGCAGUGAUCCUCGAGCUUCAGAUGCAACAAAACCAAAUCAGAAAAUGCGUAACCUUAGAGACAAGCUUCUGCUGAUCAGAGAAACAUGCUUCAUUAGACUCAAACAUGUAUGCCACUCAGAAUCAUGUUAAUUACAUAUUUGUUUAUAUGAGAAUAAAAAUGUGAAAUGAUUAUUAAAACCUCUUUUUUAUUUGAUAAGAAAAUAAGAAAAUGCACAUAUAUCUACACAAGUUUAGUUUUUCAGAUGUAGUUUUUCCCUGGGAAAUGACUUCAGAGAAGAUAAAGAAAAUGAUAAAGAAAACUGUGUCUACAAAGUAGAGAUGUUGAAAAUAGCAUAUGAAAGUUUCCUUUAAUUGCAAAGUCAUUCAUAGUCAGUAAAUGACACUGACAAUUCUGGUUUCCUGUCUGACUUCUUCUGGGAUUAAUCUUGAGCUAUAAGAUUGCAGGAGAGAAAAAAAUGCUCCAUAGAAAAAUGUCUCCAUAUUGUGGUUAUUGAUUUGUAGACACUAAGCAGGUGGUUUUUUGAUAUAAAGAAUGUCACCUGAAAAGUUGGAAGGGUUCCCAUUUCAGCUCAUGAUCUCAUGAAGUAUUUUCGACUUCUGAGCAGCUUUAACGCUUUUGCUGCAUUUACUGUUCUCUUGGGAAUCUGCUGUGGUGCAAGUUUUGGUUAAAACUUUGCAAAA